GGGCUCCGCCAUGGCAGAGCGCAGGGGAAACCGGGACAUGGCAGAGGACGACCUGCCGGUUUAUCUCGCCAGACCCGGCACGGCCGACCAGGUGCCCCGGCAGAAAUACGGCGGCUUGUUUUGCAACGUCGAGGGCGCGUUUGAGAGUAAAACCAUAGACUUUGAUGCCCUGAGCGUCGGUCAGAGGGGCUCCCGCACCCCGAGGACUGCCAAACGAGACACCGGACAGGAGGCGAGGAGCCCGGCGAGUGACAGCAGGAUCUCCCCCGGUGUGGAGAGUCCCGCAGGAAACAGGGGAGGAGGGAAGGACUCACCUGGGGUUCAGAUCAGAACCAGCGGCGGUAAGGAAGUGUUGCAGAACCUGGGAGAUAACAAGAGCGACAGGCUUCUGAUCAAAGGCGGGAGGAUUGUGAAUGAUGACCAGUCCUUCCAUGCUGAUAUCUACAUGGAGGAUGGCGUCAUUAAGCAAAUUGGUGACAACCUGAUUGUGCCCGGUGGGGUGAAGACCAUCGAGGCCAACGGGAAGAUGGUGAUCCCCGGUGGCAUUGACAUCCACACCCACUUCCAGAUGCCGUACCGUGGAACCACAACCGUGGAUGACUUUGCUCAGGGAUCAAAGGCUGCUCUUGCCGGGGGCACGACCAUGAUCGUGGACCAUGUGAUCCCAGACCCUGGCUGCAGCCUGAUGGAGGCCUAUGACCAGUGGAGGCAGUGGGCCGAUGAGAAAGCCUGCUGCGACUACUCCCUCCACGUGGACAUCACCCACUGGAAUGACAGCGUAAAGCAGGAGGUGGAUAACCUUAUCAAGGAGAAAGGUGUGAACUCCUUCCAGGUCUACAUGGCUUACAAGGACUACUACCAGAUGACCAACAGUGAGCUCUAUGAUGUCUUUACCUUCCUGGCAGAGAGGGGAGGCAUCGCUCAGGUCCAUGCUGAAAAUGGCGAGAUCAUCGCUGAGGAGCAGGCCCGCAUGCUGCAGAUGGGUAUCACUGGACCGGAGGGACACGUGCUGAGCAGGCCAGAGGAGCUGGAGGCAGAGGCUGUGUUCCGUGCCAUCACCAUUGCCAGCCAAACCAACUGUCCUCUCUACGUGACCCGGGUCAUGAGCAAGAGCGCUGCUGACAUCAUCUCACAGGCCCGGAAAAAAGGAAAUGUUGUGUUUGGGGAGCCAAUCACAGCCAGCCUGGGGACUGAUGGGACACAUUACUGGAGCAAGAACUGGGCCAAGGCGGCUUCUUUUGUUACAUCACCUCCUCUUAGCCCUGAUCCCACCACUCCAGACUAUCUGAACACACUGCUGUCCAGUGGAGACCUGAGUGUGACUGGCAGUGCUCACUGUACCUUCAGUGUGGCCCAGAAGGCCAUUGGCAAAGAUGACUUCACUCAGAUCCCCGAAGGUGUUAAUGGAGUGGAGGAGAGGAUGGCCCUCAUCUGGGAUAAAGCUGUGACUACAGGAAAGAUGGACGAGAACAUGUUUGUGGCAGUCACCAGCACCAACGCAGCCAAGAUCCUGAACCUGUACCCUCGUAAGGGUCGGAUCGCAGUGGGCUCUGACGCCGACCUGGUCAUCUGGGACACAGACUCUAUCCGCACCAUCACUGCCAAGACACACCAAUCGGCUGCUGAGUACAACGUCUUUGAGGGCAUGGAGCUGCGUGGAGCCCCUCAGGUAGUGAUCUGCCAGGGGAAGAUUGUUCUGGAAGAUGGGAACCUGCAUGUCACUUCCGGCGUGGGUCGCUUCAUUCCCUGCACUCCCUACCCUGACUUUGCCUACAAGCGUGUUAAAGCCAGGAAGCAGCUGGCGGUGCUGAGGGCAGUACCCAGGGGAAUGUACGACGGCCCGGUGUCUGAAUUCUCCCUGUCCCGUGGUGGCACCCCCUCGGCAUCGGCGCGUACCUCUCCCACCAAACAGCCUGUCAGAAACCUGCACCAGUCUGGAUUUAGUCUAGCAGGUAACCCUGCACCCUGCGGUCCCCCCACCCCAGAUGACAUCCCCAUCAGGCCUGCCGGCCGGCGUAUUGUAGUGCCCCCUGGUGGCCGUUCCAACAUCACAUCCCUCAGCUAAACAGCAGAAACACAAGGGGACGCAUCCAGAAAACGACAGCAGCCAGAGUGCAGGAUGGAGGGUGGGAGGGAGGGGGAAUGGGGAGGGAGGGAGGGGGGGAGGAGCAGAUGCAGAGGACCAUGAUUAGUUAAAAAGUUAAAAGAGCAAAACACUGAAUCCUCAUGCCUUACCUGUCACAAUGCUACCCUGCUCAGAUGAGAACUGUAUCCCUUUUCCUGAGGAAUUUGAUUUAAAAUGGUUUGGGAAUGCUACUAAAAGAUAAAGGUACCACCAAAGCACAACACACGACCAGCCUUUAGUGUAGAAUACACCUUAAACACAGUGAAAACCUGUUCACUUGGUGCUUUGGUAAUCGUACUAUCACAUGCAACAAAAAAAGAAAACAAACUGUUCUCAAAGGAAAACGGAUACUGCGUCUCUCAGAAUGAUGCUAUGGUUCUUUCAUCCUGUUUGGCUUUCAAUGUCACCCCCUUUUCAGUAGCCUGUUUUCUCCAUAGUCAGCCUAACACAACACUAGAUCCCACAUUAGCCAUGUCUUAUCAUGCAGUACCAUUGAUUAGCUCUAGGUGGCAUUGUAUAUACAGUAGAUGUAAUGUAGCUUUGUGAAUGAUGUUGUUGCAGCUUGUUUGGGUUUAAUGGACCAAGUAAAAAGGUGUUUAUCAAAUCUCAGAGCAGGAGUACCGUUGGACAUGGAGCUGCAUGGGCCACAAUACGAUGGGUGACGUGAUCCAUGAUCCUUUUGUCCCCUUCCUCUGAGAAGCUUGAUGAAUACCAUCCCCAUGAUGUACUGAUUGAGUAAUUAUUGAUGUUAAAAAAGACGAUAGACACAUCUGCUUAAGAGAAGAUUUUGUGAAGACAAAAGAAUAGAACAUUUAGGAAGGGUUUUUACAAUUCUUUAUCCCUUAAAAGGUUUAUGUGAGUUUUAUUUCCUGCACUCCAUCAUGGCUGUAUAAAAACAAAAGAUCAUUGUAACAAACCGUCCUUUGCAUUUGCUUCUAGCUCAUUGGCUGCUCCCGUCAUUCUGAAACCAUCUCGAGAAGGAAAACGGAGAAAAAAAAAAGAUUAAAAAAAAAAAACCCUGUUCACAAGAAGUACGAAUACACACAACUGUCUCUUGUAGCUCAACCGUAACUUGUAAUGAAGAGCUUUGCAACAAAGAAAACCAGAUGCAAUUUAAAUGGAUAAGUAACAAACACCUGCUUUCAGAUAACAGCACUUCACCUCUUGCUUUACUUUUUCAUUCCUGACAAACCGGGCUCUCAUUUCAGGACAAGAGGAAGACCAUCAUUCCCUUGUCAUCCCAACAUAGCCCUCUAACGCAGCCCUGACCAAUUCAACAUCAGCCUGAAUAUAACUACGGGCCCAAGUUAGUUUGCCUGAAACACUCUGGAUCUGAUUGUGUUGGGGGGGCCUACGAGCUCUUUUUUUUUAUGUCUCUGCUGUUUUCUGAUAAGGCAGAGGAUUGCGGUGCGGUAAGGGAAGCUUUUUAUUUUGUCGCUGUCCCGCUGUGGGGGAGGGAGGGAAGGAGAUGGCGUUUUUACUUUUUUGGCAGUGGUGGGGCAGGCACACUGAGGCAGGCACAAGUGGUGGUUUGUUGUAUUUAUGUUAGUUUGACAACCUUUGUUAUUGUUUUUAUGUUGUUUUCUUUUUUACUGUUGUAUCAAAACCCAGAGAUGGCAGGUCAAAAAUAAGGUGUGUUGUGGAGGUAUGAUUUGUUUCCUGAAUAAACAUGAGUUGCAACUGAC